GGUGGUUCUGUUGACCAGUGUGAGGUCAUCUCACACAUCACCCUGUGGUGAUUGUGGUAUAUAACAUCAAGCUGAGUUUAGUCUCUGUUUGAAUUUGAAAGACUGGUAAGGAGCCCCAAAGACCUUUAUCAGUUGCCAAAGAGUACACCGGAUGUACAACUACCUACUCUGGUAAGGGUCCCUCCAGUACAGCGUCCAGAUACUUGGGUCUCUGGUGGUGAAGAUGUAGGUGAAAGAAAUUUCCUGAUUGAAGCAGAUUUCCACAUUGGUAAGUCUUCUCCUCAGAAAAUUCAGAACAGGAAAUGGCUCGAAGAAUGUCAAAAUAAAACAGUAACAGUCAACUCUGUGGCUGUUGAGAACCAUUCACUUUUGACCCAGGUUGUCCGAAACGAACUAUGAAACAACACUCAAAGUUUUUUAGAAAUGCAGUUUAGUCUCCCCCCUCUCAAAAAAAAAAUUACAUCAUAUUCGUUGAAAAGAUUAAAAGAAAGAAAGAAAGCCAGUCUCAGAUUCAAAUAUCUCUGUAUUUUGGAUAGUUACUAGAUAACUUGCUUCAUCUAUCAUUAAGAAGCAAGAAACGACCCUUUACUGAGCAGAACCCAAAAAAGUCUGCUUCAAUACAUAUAUUUCUUGGUUAGUGGGUUAGUGGAGACUUUAUUGGAGUUAUGCCAUUCGCCAAUUACAACAGUCUUAACCGGGCUCAACUAACCUUUGAAUAUCUACACACAAAUUCAACAACUCAUGAAUUUUUGUUUGGUGCCCUUGCUGAACUGGUUGAUAACGCGAGAGAUGCCAAUGCCACCCGAAUAGAUAUUUAUGCUGAAAGGCGAGAAGACCUUCGAGGAGGAUUCAUGCUUUGUUUUCUAGAUAAUGGAGCAGGAAUGGAUCCAAAUGAUGCCAUCAGUGUGAUCCAAUUUGGGAAAUCAGGCAAACGUACUCCAGAAUCCACACAGAUUGGGCGAUAUGGGAAUGGACUAAAAUCGGGCUCAAUGCGUAUUGGGAAGGAUUUUAUCCUCUUCACCAAGAAGGAAGACACCAUGAGCUGCCUCUUCCUGUCUCGAACCUUUCACGAGGAAGAAGGCAUUGAUGAAGUGAUAGUUCCAUUGCCUUCUUGGAAUACACAGACAGGAGAACCUGUCACAGACAAUGCGGAGAAGUUUGCCAUCGAGACAGAACUCAUCUACAAGUACUCUCCCUUCCACACUGAGGGAGAAAUGAUGACCCAGUUCAUGAAGAUUUCUGGGAAUAGUGGAACCCUGGUGAUCAUUUUUAAUCUCAAGCUCAUGGACAAUGGAGAACCCGAACUAGACAUCACCUCAAAUCCAAAAGAUAUCCGGAUGGCAGAGAUAUCCCAAGAAGGUAUGAAGCCAGAGCGGUACUCCUUCUGUGCCUAUGCUGCUGUGCUGUACAUCGAUCCUCGGAUGAGGAUUUUCAUUCACGGGCACAAGGUGCAGACCAAAAAGCUCUCCUGCUGCCUGUACAAGCCCAGGAAGUACACCUUCACAUCAAGCCGUUUCAAGACUCGGGCAGAACAAGAGGUGAAGAAGGCAGACCAGGUAGCAUGGCUUGCUGAAGAGAAGGCACGGGAAGCAGAGAGCAAAGCUCGUGCAUUAGAAAUACAUAUAGGUGGAGACAUCUCACGGGUCUCCAGGGUGAUGUUACGACAGGUCCAGAAUACAGCCAUCACCCUUCGAAAAGAAGCUGAUGUCAAGAAAAGGAUCAAGGAUGCCAAGCAGCGAGCACUCAAAGAACCUAAGGAACUGAGUUUUGUUUUUGGGGUCAACAUUGAACACCGUGACCAUGAUGGCAUGUUUAUCUACAACUGCAGCCGCUUGAUCAAGAUGUAUGAGAAAGUGGGUCCACAGCUGGAAAAGAGCAUGACAUGUGGUGGGGUUGUUGGAGUCAUCGAUGUGCCCUACUUGGUCCUGGAGCCCACACACAACAAGCAAGACUUUGCUGAUGCCAAGGAGUACCGCCACCUGCUGCGGGCAAUUGGGGAGCACCUGGCACAGUACUGGAAGGACAUAGCCAUUGCCCAGUAUGGAAUCAUUAAGUUCUGGGAUGAGUUUGGCUACCUCUCUGACUGGAACCGACCCCCAUCUGAGGAGCUGCAUUUCAAACGCAGGAGCAUACAGUGUGAUUUGUGUCUGAAGUGGAGGACCCUCCCCUUCCAGUUAAGUGCUGUAGAAGAAGGUUACCCAGACAACUGGGUUUGCUCAAUGAACCCUGAUCCUGAGCAGGACCAGUGUGAGGCUUUUGAACUGCAACAGAAGAUUCCUAUGGGAAUAUUUAAAAAGGCUCCAAAGACACAAGAAGAAAGACGGAAGCAGCUGACAGAGAAAAUUCGCCAACAGCAGAAGAAGCUGAAGGCCCUUAAGAAAACCAAGUCUAUCCGUUCCCAAGGUGACCUGAAAAAAUUACCCUUGGAAGUGACCACCAGACCUUUCACUAAAUGUUCUGUUCAGAGACUUCACUAUCUUCAACUACCGUUGUGUGGUGUGAACAAGAAUGCCCGAAGAAGACCUCAGUUCAUGCAUGUUCCUAGACCACCCAGACAGUUACAAAGGGCUUCUAUCUUCUACACCAACCCAAAGUCUCCUGCUCUGGCAGCCCAAAGAGAGGCUAUGCUCCAGCCACCUGAGACACCCCCAAAGUUGGUAAGCCUCCUGGUUAAAACUGUACCCCAGACUCCUCUGGUCCAAUCCCUGUCAACAUCUGUAGUCCCCAACCCCAACAACCUUUGCAAGGUGGAAACCCCCGAAGCCAUGAAAACUCCAGUGAUGGAGAAGCCAGAUCCACCCAUUAGUCCAUCACCAGUACUAUGUGAUCGUAAGAGGAGUCUUGAGGUCUCUGAUGAGGAAGAGGCUGAGGAGAGAAGGAAGGAGUCGUGCAAACGGGGCAGGUUGACUGUGAAGGAGGAAAAGAUUCAAGUAAAUGAGCUCUCAGACAGUGCUGAGGAAGAGAAUCCGGGGGACCUCAAGAUAGCUCAGAAAGAUAAAGGGCUGUACGUGGUGGUACGUGUGAAAGGAGAGUGCUACAAGGGCCACGUCACUGCCGUGGAGGUGGGUGAGAAUGUGGUAUGGUGGAAGGUCAAGUUUGAGGAUGUGCCCAAGGGUACUACCCCAACAGACUGCUGGGUGGAAAAAGGCAGUGAAAAUGUAUGGCUGAUGAAGCCAUCUCCAGUAUAUCAGAGCACUGAUGGGCAGCAAGAGGGUGUGAAAGAAGAGGAGGACACCACGGACCAGCAGCCGAUUGCAUUACAAGGGUGCUCCACUUCUGACUACUUCUACACUGAACCUGACACUACUGCUCCAAAGACCAACCAUGAGACCACUGACCUCCUGGUCCAGAUUCUCUGGAAUUGCUUACGUUAUUUCAUGCCCCUGAGUUUUUCGAUAUCCAAGAAGGAGCUGGGUGCUAUGAAUUCAGAAGAAUUACUGUCUCUUCCUCUGAAAGAGUGCUUUAAGCAAUAUGAAGCAGAGCUCCAGAAUCUCUGUAAUUCCUACCAAAGCUGUGCUGACUCAAAAGCCAAGGCCUCCGAGGAGAGCCUGCUCAUCUCCCAGAAAAAACUCCGUGAGACAGAGGAGAAACUCCAGAAGCUUCAGACCAAUGUCCGGGCACUCCUGCAGAAGGUGCAGGAAGACAUAAACAUCAGCACGGAUGAGGAGCUCAAUGCCUACAUUGAGAAUCUCAUCACCAGUGAAGACUGAGGGACUCGGGGAACAGAUUUGCUGCCCUUCCCCGGAACAGCUGCUUUCGAAGAGGGAGGUUUCAUUCACCAGUUGGUUUGGUUCAUGUAGGACAGCACCUUGGGGAGGGAAUGAGACUCUGAUUCUUUGAAUCUUCCUCCCAGAAUUGAUAAAUAUUUCUUUUUUAAAGA